AUGACAUCGAAAAGCAAAUGGAGGAUAAGAUACUCUAAUAUCAAGUAAAAUAAUGCAAGUUAAAUUCUCAUAAAGUAAAAAAUCAAAUAACAAGACAAGGAAAAGAUCUAGCCAAUCACUCUCUCGCUGAUUUAAAAAUACUCAUUCACGAGAAAAUUUAGACAAGAGCUUGACUCGCAAUCAGAUUCUAACUCUACUGUAGCUAGUGAGACAGCAUCUUAAUAAGAUGAUACUGAAUCAAUUCAUUCAGAGGCAUUGUCAACAUAACCUGAAAAUCAAAAGCUUGAUGUUUUAGAAUUGCCAGAAAACAUUCUAAUGCUGAAAGUAUUUGAAAAUCCAUUUUGUAAAGCUCAAACUGAUCACAGAAAACAAAUAGUUCUUCAUCUUGAAUAAUUGGAAGAGUUAGAUAGAAUUAAGGUAAUCUAAGCUGAGAGAUUAUCCUAUAAAGGUCUGAUAAAAUGUGAUGUAGACAAGUUACUUGAGAAAUAUAGAAAUGAUAGGCAAAUGAAAGAUGCUAAAGAAAGAAUGGAAUAAGAAAUGUAUUUGGAGUAUAUGGACGAGAUUGGAGUCCCCAGUUCUGAGAGAAUGAUGAAGAGUUUAGAUGAAUUCGCCAAGAUGGAUGAGUUCAAGUAACUGCACAAAUAAUUCCAGGAUAUUAUGAAAACCUAAAAGGAAAAAUCUGAUAUUUAGGAUAACAAAUCCGACUAGCUAAGGAAAGAUGUUGAGAAGCAGGUUGAUGAGGUAAUGAAAAGAUACAGCAGAUAAGGUUCAAGAAGAGAUGAGAGAAUGAAUUGA